GGAAGAAGAACAAAAAUAGUAGUUUCUCCGCAAAAAAUCUAAAAAUUUAAAGUUUCGUAGCUUAUUUUAUAUUUAAAAAGAAAUGGCUAUCCAAAGAUUAGUUCUACUUCAAACAAGAAACUAUUUAUCCAGGCAAUGCAUCUUACAGUCUACAUUGAAAAAUCGUUUAAGUUUUUGUGAAAUAAGACAAAAAUACAGUAGUGAAGUAAAGAUGAGAAAAUAUACAGAUCAACAUGAAUGGGUUACAACCGAAAAGGAUAUAGGCACGGUGGGGAUCACAAAAUAUGCACAAGAAUCUCUGGGAGACAUUGUGUUUGCCCAACUUCCAGAUGUAGACACUAAAAUCAGUGCAGGUGAUGAGUGUGGAGCAUUAGAAAGUGUGAAGGCAGCUAGUGAAAUAUACUCGCCAGUCAGUGGAGUAGUCGUUGACAAGAAUAGUGAACUAGAGAAGAAACCGGGUCUUAUAAACUCCUCAUGUUAUGAUAAAGGAUGGCUGUUUAAAAUUAAAAUAACAAAGGCUGAAGAAUUAAAUGAUCUGAUGUCAGAGGCUGAAUAUGAAACAUUUUUAAAGACAGAUGCAGAUAAGGACCAUUGAUUUGUUUUAAAGUAAAAUUAGUUGCUUUUCAAGUAUUAACUUAAAGUCAUUCAACAUUUAAAAAAGUUAAGGAAUUUUUUGAUAAGAAGUGUGGUAUUGACCAAUCUUUUGUGGAAAAUACCUAAGUUUUGUAAAUAACACUGUUUUACUCAGUAGUCAUAAAAGAUGAGACUACAAAGUCAAAUUAAACACAAUUUGUGCAAUAUGUAUUUAUUAGUGCAUUUGAAAUAGUGUCUAAGUAGUAUAUUGUAAACAAAAAUAUUUCGAAAGGUUAAAACAAUAAAAUUGUCAUGUUUAACUUGUAUAUUUUUAUCACAACUCAAUUCCUAUAAAUGGGUCAGUAAA